AGUUGUGCAGGGAGGGCGGGAGAGUCCCAGCGCCGGCUCUGAGGGUCGGCUUCCUCUCCCCCUCCCGUGCGGGGCGGGGUGGUGCGUUCCGAGUUCCCAGGAGUUCGAGGCGGGCGGGUGCCGGGGGGAGGGGAGUGGCGGCGGCGGCGACGGCAGCGGCGGGCGGCUCCCGCCUCAGCCUAGGCAGUGGCGUCGGCGAAGGCAGAGUCGAGGCAGCCGCGAGCGCUCGGCUGAGUGUCAGCCGGUGGCGACGGCUCAAGAACUGGGAGUUGGGGACGCGCGCGCCGGACCUUCCGCCGCCGCCGUUGCCGCCGCGGCCGCUGCUGCCGCCGCCCAGAGCCUAAGGCGCCGGGGCCGGGGGAGCAGGGGGGGCGGGCGAGCGAGAGGGCCGGGGGGAGGGUGGGGGAUGGCGCGGACCCCGGGGCCGGCCCCGCUGUGUCCCGGAGGCGGCAAAGCACAACUUUCCUCCGCUUCUCCCCCCGGGGCCGGGCUCUUGCUGCCACCCCCGACGCCGCCGCCGCUACUGCUGCUGCUCUUCCCGCUGCUGCUCUUCUCCCGGCUCUGUGGUGCCUUAGCUGGGCCAAUUAUUGUGGAGCCACAUGUCACAGCAGUAUGGGGAAAGAAUGUUUCAUUGAAGUGUUUAAUUGAAGUAAAUGAAACUAUAACACAAAUUUCAUGGGAGAAGAUCCAUGGCAAAAGUUCACAGACUGUUGCAGUUCAUCAUCCUCAGUAUGGAUUCUCUGUUCAAGGAGAAUAUCAGGGAAGAGUCUUGUUUAAAAACUAUUCACUUAAUGAUGCUACAAUUACUCUACAUAACAUAGGAUUCUCUGAUUCUGGAAAGUACAUAUGCAAAGCUGUUACAUUCCCGCUUGGAAAUGCUCAGUCUUCUACAACCGUAACUGUAUUAGUUGAACCCACUGUGAGCCUGAUAAAAGGGCCAGAUUCUUUAAUUGAUGGAGGAAAUGAAACGGUAGCAGCCAUUUGUAUCGCAGCCACUGGAAAACCAGUUGCACACAUUGACUGGGAAGGUGAUCUUGGUGAAAUGGAAUCCACUACAACUUCUUUUCCAAAUGAAACGGCAACAAUUGUCAGUCAGUAUAAGCUGUUUCCAACCAGAUUUGCUAGAGGAAGGCGAAUUACUUGUGUUGUAAAACAUCCAGCCUUGGAAAAGGACAUCCGAUAUUCUUUCAUAUUAGAUAUACAGUAUGCUCCUGAGGUUUCAGUAACAGGCUAUGAUGGGAAUUGGUUUGUAGGAAGAAAAGGUGUUAAUCUCAAGUGUAAUGCUGAUGCAAAUCCACCACCCUUCAAAUCUGUGUGGAGCAGGUUAGAUGGACAGUGGCCUGAUGGUUUAUUGGCUUCAGACAAUACUCUUCAUUUUGUCCAUCCAUUGACUUUCAAUUAUUCUGGUGUUUAUGUCUGUAAAGUGACCAAUUCCCUUGGUCAAAGGAGUGAUCAAAAGGUCAUCUACAUUUCAGAUGUCCCAUUUAAGCAGACCUCCUCCAUAGCCGUAGCUGGCGCCGUAAUUGGAGCCGUCCUUGCCCUUUUCAUCAUUGCUAUCUUUGUGACUGUGCUGCUGACUCCUCGAAAAAAGAGACCAUCCUAUCUUGACAAAGUGAUCGACCUUCCACCCACACAUAAACCACCUCCUAUGUAUGAAGAACGAUCUCCCCCUUUGCCUCAAAAAGACCUUCUAUAUCAGACCGAACACUUGCCUCUGCAGACUCAGUUCCGAGAAAGAGAGGUGGGCGGCCUCCAGCACUCUAAUGGGCUAAGUCGCAGGAGAGUGGACUAUGAAGAUGAGAAUCCUGUGGGGGAAGAUGGGAUCCAGCAGAUGUGCCCCCUUUACAAUCAGAUACGCCAGAAAGACCGGAGCCCGGGCAAGCAUCGUCAAAGCAACAACCCUGAGAGAGUGUACAUCAACCCGCGAGAACAUUAUGUGUGAUUUCACUCUUUUUUUCCCAGUGGACGUCCUAAAGAAAUGUUCGAUCUUCAACUGGGGAGAGAAACUGAGGACAGUGGUUCUUAUCUUAUUCUCCCUCGUGUAAAACAAUCCCAGUUUAUGUGUAUCAGAAGUCGCGAUGAAUGGCUUCGAGCCAAUAGCAACUUGGUUUCCUUCAUUAAGAGUUUCUUAGCCACCAGCUGUGUUUGUGAACUUGACUCUAGCUUUGUGUGUUUCUGUGAUGAUAGUGUUUAACUACUAACAUUUGGCCUACAGUGGCACGUUCAUUGAAACAUAGAAUAUCUGCCUGUGAUGGCAACAGUGAUUCUCCAGAAAGGAAGGCCCCAGCUGGGAACCUUGUAGGGUUUCAGGAAGGCCAACCUAUUUAUCUGUAACUCAAGCGAGCAGGGGAAAAAAAAAAAAAAAAAGGAGUUCAAAAUCCAUUUCACUAAUUGUUUCACUGGGAUUUGGCUUUCCCUGAUGUGCUUAAUGCAAUUACAAUACCUGUGUACAAACAGGAGGCCUGAGGAAAGAGGCAGAAUUUGCUCUUUAUUCCAAAAAACAACAACAGAAAGCAGUUUAAACCUUCAAGCCUGUUGGUUGCUUUUAAAGUCUUGUGAUAAUUGUAAUAUAUGUUCCUUCUUGAUCACUAAGGUCCUGAGGGAUACAUAUUUCGCACCGUUCUCUGACCAGUCUCGAUUAGCUGUGUGCUAAGACUCUUCUCUUGCCCUGUUGUUGUUCCCACAGUUCUGUUCUUUCCUAGCCAGAUUAGCCUAUUUCCCACCUAUUAAAUUCUAAAAGCCUCGUCUAAAUGGUGGACAGCCUUGAGCCCUGUCCCUCUUUGCUGUAGUAUUGUAUAUGACAAGCUCAGCUUUCACUUCUGAAAUUCCUUUCCAGCUAAUCCUCUCCACACAGGCUUCAGCUACCCUCUGCUUCUUCGGACUACUUCUCAUCCAUGUUUUAUCUACCUCAGAAAAGCCUGCUGCAAAAUCACCGUGAAAUAACUCCUGCUCUUAAGAGCCAGGUAGAAAAUUUGAAAAUUAAAAAAAAAAAAAAAAAAAAA